AUGGUUCUAACCGAAGAGGAACAGCUGGAGGCUGCUUUGGCUGAAUCUCUGGUACAAGACUCCGCAACGCCCGCCCAGGAACGCCCAGUAAAGCAGACACGAAAGAGACCCUCAAAGUCCAGGGGUCUCCUGGCUUCGCGGAAAACGCAGGAAGCAUUACCUCGACUCCCUGGACAACACAAUGCUCUGAAGCUGCCAAAGUUAAGAAUCACAAACGAUAGGAUAUUGGUUGUAAGGGAAGUAGACAGCAUAGCGCAAUCGCUGGAUACUGACGAACCAUUGGAUACUUUCGAUCUUGAGCAAGCUAAGGACCUCGAACGUCAACGGCAACUCCUAUAUUUAGCCGAGGUCGAGCGACAGGAAGGCUACAUACCCCCUGUUCAAGGUGAGCAUGAAAGCGCUAUGCGCAGCACGCUUGUUCACGAUGUGGAUAACGAUGACUUCACUGCUGCAUUCAUCCUAAGGGAGAUGGCAAACAGUGACAUCACCGCUGAUCCUGCGAGUAUGGAUUUUGUCCAGCAACUCAUGAAUCCGGCCGCUCCUGGAACGAAUUUGGAGUCGACUAACUCGGCUAAGGAAGAAACCCCGCGCGAGGUUAUACCCCUUCGUCGUUCGACACGAAAGAAGACUACCUCUGCUCCCAGAGCUGGAGACUCGUCCUCAAAGGCUAUCGAAACUGUGCAAUCAGCACCUGAGCCCUUGAAACUGGAUGAGGGCGAAGGUUUCAUGCCAUCCGCGGAAGAUGACUUCAAAUUCAAGUACGACAGCGCUUCUGGACGUCGAGCGGAGGAGCUUGAUGCACUGCUGAACCCUCCGGGCCGUCCUAAGGCCUUUCCAGCUGAUCUUGCUGGUGAGAAGACUUUCCUCUCUAAGAGCUACAAGGCAACUGGUACUAGGCCGAAGAAGAAUGCUGCAGACGAUAGGGUCAAAGAAAUGGAACUCGAACAUGCGCGAGCGCAGCAGGACGUAGAUAUGGCUAUGGAGCAAGAGGAUAUGUGGAGCGAGUUUUGGGGUGUUGAUGAAUGGAAGGAGUAG